CUACUGGCAAGAAUGACUCCGCCACUCCUCGCCCUCGAAGAACACUACUACUCGACCGCCAUCUUCAACUCGAUUGGCGAGACCUUCCAGCGAACCCUGCAAGGCGUGCCUGGUCUCGCCGACCAGCUGCGAAGCCUCGGAGAUGGGCGACUCGAGGCAAUGAACCGUGGGAACAUCUCGCUGCAGGUGGUCUCCCAUGCUUUUACUCCGGGUGGACCCAGUGCCGAAGCCUGCAGAGCAGGCAACGAUGAGCUUGCGGCCGAGAUUGCCCAGAUCAGCGAUCCCCAGCGCUUCGCUGCCUUCGCAGUCCUGCCCGUUGCAGACCCAACUGCGUCGGCGGCGGAGCUAGACCGGUCUGUUUCUGAACUAGGGUUCGUCGGUGCGUUGAUUGACAACCAUGCGGACGGAAAGCAUUUCGACGGUCACGACUACGAUGUUCUCUGGGCCAAGGCGUGCGAGCUCGAUGUGCCCAUCUACCUGCACCCUACCUGGCCCUCGGCCCGCAUGGCCGAGAACUUCAUGGGCUCCUACCCAGUCCCCGUCGGCAUCAGCCUGGGCGGCCCGGGCUGGGGUUGGCAUCCCGAUGUUGGCCUCCACGUGCUGAAGCUGUUCGCUGCGGGGGUGUUUGAUCGCUUCCCAAGGCUGAAGAUCAUCGUGGGCCACAUGGGUGAGAUGCUUCCCUAUAUGCUCGAACGAGCCAGUGACAUGAGUACUCGCUGGGGCGGAUGGGGCCCUCGAGACCGACCGCUCCGGCAGGUCUGGGAUGAGAAUAUCUGGAUUACUACAUCUGGGAGUUGGAGUCUCGCGCCUCUGAAGUGCAUCCUCCACAACACAAAAGUGGAGCGCAUCAUGUACAGCGUUGACUACCCCUUCGAAUCCAACGAGCGGGGACUGGAGUGGUUCAAGGAACUCGAGGGCAGUGGCCUGUUGACCGAAGAGCAGUUGGAGAUGGUGGCCUACCGCAACGCGGAGGACUUGCUUAAGGUGCAUAUGAAGAAGGAGCAGUGAUAAACCAGUAGGAAUUGGCCUAUUGCAGUACGGUUCCCGGGAUUGAGUCUAUAUUUGGAAAAUGGGAGAGAGAUAAAGAUAGCACUGUCGAAUGGGACAUAAUCAACGCCUGCCUAUGC